AUCUAAAACGUCAAAAAAAAAAGCGAAGCUUGUGAUUUGAUUAGUUAUUUGUUCUAUUAUUUUUACAAAAUCUCGACUCAAUCACAGCAAUAAUCUCAUUGUUUAGGUUAAGAUUUGAUCGGUGACAUAUAAUAUUUGGGGCAGUUUUAUUGUGUUUUCAGUGAAGUGAGUUAAGAGUGAUAUUUUUAUGUGCGUUGUUUAGCUGACGGUCUGUCAUGUACUUAUAUUGGAGGUUUCUUAAAUAGACCUUUGAUGUCGGGGCUGUGUAUAAAAAUAACAUUGGAUUGUCGCGACCGUUCGGGCGGUGGUGCCUAAUCCCGCCUGCGCCCCUUUCACGAUGGCUUCUAAGAAUUUAUUGUUUAUAUCUUUCAUAGUUUUGGGCAUGCAUGGAACAAUGAUCAAUGCAGUACAAGCUGCCCCCCCAUCGGAUGAGAAUUUACCACCACGACCUAAAGAGGGUGGAGUCGAUACACGUUACUGCGAAUUCUUUAACGACAGCAUACCACCGCCAUGCUACAACACGCAAAAUACAACGUGUCCCCCGCGGACUGUAGUAAUGGAACAAUGCAUGCCCAUAGAGACAGACAAGAGCAACCAUUGCUUCGUUGUUUGGCAAUUUGAUAACAUAACGAACAAAGCAACAGUAAAAGUAAAAGGGUGCUUCCUCGACACCGUCGCGUGUAACGAUAGGGCUUCCAAUUGUAGACUCCAUAAUAUGAAACUUCCUCUACUUCAUUGCUGUUGCGAAGGGGACAUGUGCAAUGAAAACGCAACGUUUCCGGGACUAGAAGCUGGAAUGGCAGCACCGACCGAACUACCUCCAGAACGCAUCCCGGCAUCUCCUUUACCGACUUCCGAGGAUGAUACGAAAGCUGUUAUAGCCUACACAUUGACACCUCUGUUUCUACUAUUUGCUAUUUUAGUGGGAUGUUACCUCUUGUAUAGAAAACGUAAGGGGAGCUCAUUCGCCGAACUGGGCAGCGCUGAAGCCUCCUUGUCGAGACCACCGUCAGCUGGGGCGGGGAUGGAGAACGAAACAGGUGGCCUGCUGAGUCAAGUGACUCUGUGCGAAGUACGAGCUCGUGGCCGAUUUGGGGCAGUUUGGAGAGCGAAACUCGGACAGCGAGACGUUGCCGUUAAAGUGUUUCCGUUGCAAGAUAAGCAAUCGUGGCUGGCAGAGCAGGAAAUUUACAGAUUGCCCCGCAUGGACCACCCAGAUAUAUUACACUACAUUGGAGUUGAUAAAAUGGGAGAUAAUUUGCAAGCCGAAUAUUGGCUCAUCACUGCCUAUCAUGAGAAGGGCUCCUUAUGCGAUUACCUGAAAGGUCACACCUUAACGUGGCCCGAAGCGUGGCGUGUCGCAGCUUCGGUGGCGCGUGGUCUCGCCCACCUGCACGAGGAAGACGGCGGGAAACCGGCGAUAGCGCACCGAGAUUUCAAAUCAAAGAAUGUCUUACUGAAGACGGACUUGAGCGCAUGUAUAGCCGACUUCGGUCUGGCGUUGGUGUUCGUGGCGGGGCACGGCUGCGGCGACGCGCACGGACAAGUCGGCACGAGGCGCUACAUGGCGCCCGAGGUGCUGGACGGAGCCAUCAAUUUCACCAAGGAUGCCUUCCUGAGAAUAGACAUGUAUGCGUGUGCGCUCGUUCUGUGGGAAAUAUCAUCGCGAUGCAAAGAUGGAAACAUAGAACCAACAGCGCAGUAUCGGCUUCCGCUGGAAGAAGAGGUGGGUUCACAUCCAGGCCUCGAGGAAAUGCAAGAAGCUGUGGUUCAGAGAAAGCUAAGGCCGCACAUACCACCUCAGUGGCGCGACCAUCCAGGUCUAGCCGUCAUCUGCGAUACAAUGGAAGAGUGCUGGGACCACGACGCGGAGGCUCGUCUCUCAGCCUCGUGCGUGCUGGAGCGCAUCGCAGCACAGCGCCCCCCCACUGCCCCCACCGCCCUCACCCCCGACACGACCCCCCUCCUCAUCCACGAGCUAAACGACCAGAACACCUGCUGACCACUGGCCGAGGACUUACCACUGAUACAGCUCUGAUGCGUUGACGCGGUCGAGUUGCUAAAGUAAGCAUGCAGUGAUCAUUUAAAUCUUCGUAUUGUUUCUGAUGAAUGACUGUUGUCGAUUUUGUUGUGUAACGUCAUCAUCAGACUCGUGAUGUUGUUAAAGGAUGAUUAUGCAACUGUGUGCAUAUUUUCGGGACGGAUAAAUCAGUUGAAUAACUAUUUAUUGGUUCAUAUAUUUUUUAUUAAUUAAUGGUUAGGACGAAAGCUGGAGUUAUAUAACUUUUUUUUUUACUAUUUAUAUGACUCAGAUGAGUUAGUGACUCUUUGAAUAUUGAAAUAUAAUUUUGUACUAAAUAAUGAAUUACGUAAACACUGUACAAAUUUUAAAACAAAGAUAAGAUUUUGACUCACUCUAAUAGUUUAUAAAUAGUAAAUACAUAAUUUAUUUUGUAUUUUUUUUUUAUAUGUAUGUGUCUGUUUUUAAUAUUCAUCAUGCCAAUCAUUAUGACAAAUGUAUUCCUUCCAGUGUUGCCAUUCUAUGAGCACCUUUUUAAUAGUUAUCAACUUUCAGUCACCUUAUGGAAACAAAGAGUGAAAUUAAUAUUUCUAAGGAAACAGUUUAUAAUAAUAAAAGAAAAUAACAGAUGAGGUAACAUUUGGUUACACGAUAUAUUUUUAAUUUUGGGGCCAAUUGUUUAGUAUUUGGCAACACUGCUUAGACACUAUUGUAAAAUACUCAGCACGGCCGAUCAGAGAGCUAAACCGAUUUUGCAAUAAUUUCUAUUAUAAUAGAAAAAUUAUUAUAUGCAUCGAUCAAUGCAUGUUUAGAUGUAGUAGACCGUUUGAAUGUCUAUUGAGAAUACGCUAUAAUAAUUUAACUCAAUUUUUAAUAAAUAAUAUCUUAAUGUAAAAUGUUGUUCCCAACUGUCAUAUCAGUCCAUAUGACAUAAGCUAAGUAACUAAGUAAGCUCGAUUGGGAUGUAAGUUAUGAAAUAACGUUAAAUUUCGACUAUGUGGCGUAUCUUUAUCAAAUAUUAUACUGUUGGUAACUACAAGUAUCUUUGUCAAAUAUUAUUGCAGUUUUUGUAUGAACGAUACAAUUUUUUUGUUUCUUAAAGAUAAAUUUAAUAUUAAUUCUUGAUACAAAUAAUAUUUUUCUUAAUAUUGUUAAGUUUAACAUAAAUGCAUUAACUUGAAAAUAUUUUUGUUAAAUUUAUAAAGCACUAUAAAAUGUAUUAAUUUCAAGACACCAAGAAAAUAUAAAUAAAUUAGGAACAGAUACUAAAGCUAUUUUCAAACGUUGGACAUUCCGUCGCAAGGUUUCAUGUUUAGCCAUAUUAUGUCAAUAAAAUUUAAAUUGUGAUGUAAAUAUUAUUAUUAUUUGCAAAAUUCUAUGUUUUGUAAUAUGCAAAUUGUGCAUUUAUUUUUUAAAUUGUAAGUUUAUAAUAACAUUUUCACGUGAGUACAAUACACCGUACGGCGAUAGAAUGCGAUUAAUUGACACUCACGAUUGCGCGUACGCUUGUCGACCAUUAUGGAAUUUUAUAUUCCACGAACUAUAUACAUUUAAUUUUCGUGGCCAUAUUUUUUAUCAUUAUUUUUUUUUUGUAAAAAUAUUGUUUAAUAUAAGACAUUUAAUAUUGUUUAUAUUAUGAAAACGUAUAUUAGCUUAUUGUUUAGGUAUUAUGUAUAAUUUAAUGAUGUUUUGAUAUAAGUAUAUCCAUCCAAAAUUAGACUGUUUUACGAAAUAUAUAUAAACAUAUCUUGCCUCACAGUAAACCCCUUCAUAACUGCUUUUCAUUUAUGUCGGCUUAAAUUUUGUUAACUCAAUAAUCUCAGUGGGAUAGAACACGAAACGUAACUGAGACGCUUAGUAAAAGUUAAUGUUGUGUAUAGGUAAUAUGUUAGGACAUUUUUAAAGUUUAUUAGCGAACAUCGAAAAUUUAGUAUAAUUCAUGCGUAUAUUGUUAAAGUAAUGUUUGUAAUUAAAGUUUGUUAUUUUUCAAGAGGCCUCUAUAAGUCUAACCACUUUUUACGUUAAGCAUACCAUUCUUGUACCAUAUCCCUAAUUAUUCUACAAUUAUUUUAUUUUAGUGCACAAAAAAAUGUAAAAUCACGUUUCAUCAUUUCCUAUAGCAUGCAGAGGUUAGUUUUGUUUUACCAAGUUGUUAUUUUACAAAAAAAAGUCUGUAUAAGACCUAUAGUGUCCUCUUCGAACUUCGAUUACAAACACCUUAUCGUAUUUUCAUCUGCCUUAUAUAGCAAUAUUUUGUGAGGGGUUAUAAUUACUAAUAUUGGCAUCAGAGAAUAUCAGUCACAAAUUCGAGUAUUUUUUUUUUAUUUCUAUUGCAUAUCAUUGUGAAAAUUGACGCGAUGAGAUCUUUGCGAAAAUUCAAGGUCGAAUUUGUGUGGCACUUUUCUGACGUUCUAUUUCUGCGAUGCGUACGAAGUAGCGAGCGCUCUUUUUUAAUUGUUAUAAAAAAUAGCGCUGGCAAAUAAAAACAAAAUGGCAGGACAAGAAGAGACUUUGGAAAAUGCCAAAUUUCAAACUGCAGUUUUCAACAUACUAUUCGUUUCGCCUAAUCACUUAUUUUAAGAAAUUGUAACGGAUCGUGCGUUGUAAAAAUAUCUCGAAAGAAAUGUAAUUGUAUCAUAAAUUUAUUGUGAUUUUAUAUGCAUAUUGUACUAAAUAUCAAUAGGAAAUACGGUUUGAUUUCCUACGCCGAGCAUAUCACCACACAUAGACUAAGCGAGUUGCCAAAUGUAUAGUUUACUUUAAGAUUAUCUCUGGAUGUCAUUGUAACGUUGUGGACACAUGCAGCUAGUUUAAUAUUUGAUUGAUGUGGCCUAAUUCUAUUGAUAUUUAUAUACUUCAAGCCGUUUUUAGUAGCCAUUAUUAACACACUAAAAAAAUCAAUAGACUUCGACAUUUUAUUAAUCUAGCCUCUGACUUUAUUGAAAAACAAAUAUGGCGGAUGUUAUCUGUCAGUGUCUAAAGGCACUUCACUUGGCGUGGCUUGUUCGUAUAGCGAUACCGCUUCCUUUGUUCAUAUAUUUAGUCUAUUUGCAAAUAUACAAAUACCUCAUCCACCAAUAACUCAAAUAUGCCAAAAUCUUUACUUAUUCACAAAAACAAGAGAGUUACAACAGUACUGAUUAAAUUAAGCGUGGACGGUGAAAAAAAAACUGAUAAGUUUGUGUAUAUUUGCGUUACUUUCCAUAUUUAUGCAAAUUAAGUAAAAUAAUGCGAAUACUAGAACACGUUAUGCCAAAUGUAGUGCCGCCAUAAUUUUACUAACAUUUGACAGUUGUGACUAUUGUCCGAUUACUAUAAUCAAGAAACGAUUCAUUCCGUCUACCUUGCGUAAUUUAGUGGCGUUGGAUGGUACAAGGAUAUAUGGCAGAUGACAGGCAUUAUUGUUUCAUUGAUUUGUUUUAAAAUUGUAAAUGUUAAUAUAACAUUUCUGCUCUGCAAUAUCAUUUUUUGAAUAUAGUAACCCCGACUUUAAUCGUAAUAUGUAUUACCAACACAAUACGCAGUACUUAUUAUUUUGUAAAUGACUAUUGUUCGAAUACUAUGUCCGUGCUGUCGCAACAUAUAUACAUAUGUUAAACUGUCAAUGAAUAAAAUAAGUGUAUAAAAGAGAUGUUAAAAUAAUAAAAUCUACAUUAUUUAUUAUGAUUUUGUAAUAAUAUUGUUAUUGUUGAAUCUGUUAUGUUGAAGUUGCAGCUUUAAUGCGUUUUAUGUAAGUCGUGUCCACAGCUUUAGUAUAAUUAUUGUAAGAUAAGCUAGAAGAAAUUUAGAUUCGUAUAGUGUAGGUACUUUUAGAUGUUUUAUGAGAUUCUUCGAUCAUAGUCGAAUUCAGAGUGUCGUGGCGUCAACGAUGUUUAUCAUUUAUUUUUUAUUUUUAAUUAACAAAUAUAAAUGUCUGUUGGAACUUGA